AACUGCGCUAGAAUGUUGCUGGAGCCGCGCAGCGAAGACGUCCUUGCUGAGCUGCUGAGUCCUGAGCGCCUGGUCUCUUAAAGUGGUGUCAGACUGACUGGCUGCCGCAGCGCCAGCGCGGCCGGCGUCCAUUCUCGGCGCCGAGCAACUAGCAUUUGCUCGCUGGGGGUGCGAGAGCGCUGGCUGUCGUCAUCGCGUUGCUCUUGUACCCUAAUAGACCGAAAAGCAAUUGUUGGGGGGACGAGAGCGGCCUUCUAGCUCGGUGUUGUCGGGAUUGCGAGCGGGGGCUUGCGGGACACAGCAGCGCGAAGUAUUGGGAUGCCGGCUACAUGAAAAAUAGGCUGGCGUUGGCUCUUAGUGAAGUUUGAGCUCCGUCGGUUGCCUGGAUCCCAAUGCCUCCGAGUCCCAAUGCCUCCAUUGGCCGGCAGGGGUCGGUGCUGGGCGACCGCGCGAACCGUUUGCAAGAAAAUAUAUUAUGUACGUGCUUAAUAGGUACCAGAGCGAAUCAGAGGACUGUUAGCACGGGUUAGCAAGGAGACGACGAUGAGUCUGCCGGUCGGCGCCCAGAGUUUUGCACCUGAGUUUUCAUACAAGUUUGUAUUUCAUUAAUUAUGGCAGCGUAUCAGAAAGCCCUGUCCUUCAGGCAGAUCAGAUGGCAGCCCUCUACGAGAAGCUGUUCAAGCUCAGCCGCAAGCUGCAGGCGGAGGCGCACGGCGUGACGCGGGAGUUGUCGCAGUGCACCGACCCAGUGCUGCGGACGAGCCUCCAGAGCGAGCUCGGCCGGCUGCAGCAAGACCUCACGGUGCUCGACAGUUCACGAGCGAAACUCAUCAACACGCUGGCCGGCGCGGUGACUUCCAUGAAGGCGGAGGAGGAUGCAUCGGCCAUGAAGGCGGAGGAGGAUGCAUCGGCCGCCAGCGGCGGCAAGCUGUACAGCAACGUCACCGUGUUCAUGGUCGGGAGUUCAGGUUAUGUGAAGCGGGACUACAAGAAGCUCACCAAGCAGCAGUUCCUUCAGAAAAUGGCACGCGAGCCCUGUAAGCGUGUGGUGCAGGUGGACGAGCAGCCGUCCCAGGUCAUGGCGGUAGAGGACUGCGCCGACACAGCCGUGGACAUCGAUGACGUGCAGCUGCAGGAUGGUAUGCGGCUAGCCGUGGUGGCCAAUGUGGAGGACUCUACCAGCAAGCUGAUGAAGUCGAUGGAGACGAUGUGGGGCUGGAUGAAGGGCCGAGUCACUGCGGAUGAGUACAGGUGUGCGGAGUGGGCCGCGGACUUUCUCCUCCUCUCCGGCGCCGCGGGCGCUGAGCGCUUUUGCUACAAGAAGAUCAAGGGAGGGAAUGAGGGCUGCCAACUGGAGAUUGGGGUCGACGGCAUGGCCUUUUCUGAGGAUGGGUUGGUGCUGGUGGAGCGCAAGCCGCUCAUCCUGCUGGAGCACGUGGAGGCGCUGAAGGUCAAGGUGCAGAAGCUCGAGCGGCUGGUGGCGGCCGGCGCGCCCAACACCGAUAAGCUGCGGGACCCUGCCACGGGCCUGAUCAAGCCGCUGAAGGUCUUCCUGAUGGCGGAUGGCUGGGCGGAUGACCAGGGCGAGUCGGCAGCCUGUGCGGUUGGCAUGGAGGAGUGCGGCAUCGCGCCAGUGCUGCCCACUGGCGAUGGCGGCUACGCCAUGCACGACAGUUGCGGACGGUGGCCAGUCAACAGCAGCACGCGGCGGCGCGCAGCGCAAUACCGUGCAAAGCCUGGACGUCAGGCGCCGCAGUCCGGCAUUGCGGCAACGAAUGCCGGCGGCACGGGCAGCGGGGGUGGCGGGGCGCGGCCCACCAGCGCAGGGGCCAUCGGCCGCUAUGCUAGCGGCCUGCAGCAGGCGGCCUGCAGCCCGGCACCCACGCACCACCUGCUCUCGCAUGACCCGUUCGUGGGUGGCGCCAGCGGGUCUCGCGAGCGUCGCCGCUUUGCGUCAGUCUGCCACCCCGCGAACCUGCACUCGCUGCUCCAGCAUCACUCGAGCACACCCAGCGUCCGCAAGCUGUAGCUGCAGUGCGCAGGCUGUGGCAGCAGGCUGUAACCGCUGUCACCCCGGACAGUGCUGGGGCAGCAGGCUGUAACCGCUGCCACCCCGGUCACCCCGGACGCCUAUCGCGCGCUGCGCAAGGCGAUGAAAGUAACCUGAUGCAUCCCGUUUUAUAUAGCAGAGUAUGAUAUAUUGACUUACACUGUAAUUUCUACACUGUCGCAGCUGGAGUCGACUCCGUGAGUAUUGCCCCAGAGUUUUCCAAGUUUUCUCUGAGUUUCCCCCAGUUUUCCCCGAGUUUUCCCCAAGCCACCCCUGCGGCCUGUGCCCUGCCCGCGCGUGCCCACCAUCGACUGUCAUGCACUGCACGAGUCCCGCCCGCGCUGCAGCCCAACUGUCAACCGUGUGAAACCGUGUGCGCCCAGAGGCAGCUCAUGGAAACCGGGUCAGUCUGAGUUUAUACGCAGCCCACACACACAGCUUCCCCAACGGCGCGCGUACGACUAUUCAC